AUGCCCUCUGCCUCGUCGCCGCCCCGCCCCGAGGUCCUGCUUCUUGGCCUAGGCAGUGUCGGCGUCCUGUACGCGUACCUGCUGCAGAAGGGCGGCGCACAUGUGACUAUGGCACGCACCGCGGCUGGCGCCCCGACCGCGUGGUGCGCUCGCCCGACGAGCUGGCGCCGGUGCCACUGGACUGUACGUUGCGCUACUCACACAGACGUGGUGUGCUGCUUCAAGUGCCUUCCGGACGUCAAUCCGAACCACGAGGUCGUGCGUCCGUACCUCGAGCGCAACCGCGCGCUGCAGCCGGCGCACCUGCCGACGCUCGUGUUCAUCCAGAACGGCAUUGACAUCGAGGAGGCCUCGCACCAGCGCCUCGUCCUGAGCGAGGCGCCGCUCGCGCGCGGGAUCCUCAGCGGCCUCACAUGGGUCGCCGUGACCAUGUCGCCCGACGGCCACUCGAUCGAGCACAGCCACAUGGAGGCGCUGCGGACCGGCACGUACCCGUCGCCGCAGGACGGCGAGGUGCCGCGCGGCCUCGCCGAGGCGAACGCCGCCUUUGUCGAGCUGGCCGCGCGCGGCGGCUCGCACGCCGCGGUCAGCGACGACAUCGCGCCCGACCGCUGGAGCAAGCUGCUGUGGAACGCAAGCUGGGGCGCCGCGUCGCUGCUGGCGCGCCGCCCCGUGCUUGAGCUGCUCCAGGCCGACGCCAUCGACACGACGCUCGGCGUCGUGCGUGGCCUCCUGCUCGAGCUGCUCGACGUCGCACGCGCCUCGGGCCUGCACAACGACCGCUUCCCGGCAACGCACAUUGACAACGUGCUCCAAGCCACGCUCGCUUGCUCGCCGGCGCAGCUCUGCGUGGUCCGCGACCCGAAAGCGAUCCUCCAGGCGCCUACCUUUGCUAGCUUCCGCCCCGAUUUCAAGCCAAGCAUCCUCAUCGACAUGGAGCGCGCACGCCCCAUGGAAAUCGAGCCCCUGUUCGUGAACGUAGUGCGCCGCGCCCGCCGCACGCGCGUGGACACGCCGCGCCUCGACAUGGUGCUGGCCACCCUCCGCCCAUCGCAGCUCGCCUUCAUUCGUCAGCAGCGCAAUCUGGACGAGGCAGCUCUCAUCCAGUCCAACGAGGAGCGCUAUAUCGGCGCCAAGGACGCCCUCGUCGGCGAUGUGCCGGUCCUCGGGACGUAG